AUGGAUUUCAAUCCGUGGGCUACAGACGAUACUUCCUCAAAACCCGCUACCAAUGAACCCGAAACGGGGCUUGUGACCAGUCCUGCACCUCUUGAAAGUUCUCAGGCUUUGGUCCACUCACCCAACGACUUCCUGCUCGUCAUCUUCAUUCACGGAUUCAAAGGAUCGGAUGAGACUUUUGACCAUUUCCCGCAAAGACUGCACCAUCUCCUAACCCACUCAUUGCCGAAUACUAAGGUAGAAUGCAUAGUCUUCCCUGCAUAUGAGACCAAAGGCGAAUUGGAUAAAGCCAUCGUACGUUUCGCUGACUGGCUCACAAGCUUGGUGGUCGAGCGAGAAGUUGCUUCAGGUGGUGGGGCAGGAUCUGCUAAGAUUGUCUUGUGCGGUCACAGUAUGGGUGGUCUGCUUGCUGCCGAUAGUCUUCGCGAAUUUGUAAACUCGAGGCCUGAUAAGCAGGCGCCUCUUUGGCCGAGGAUCAUCGCCUUGCUCGCGUUUGACACUCCAUAUCUCGGACUUCACCCACACAUCGUCAAGGACAGCGUCGAGAAGGCUGCAGAUCAUUUCAAUGCAGCGAAGACGGUCGGGUCCGCGCUCUUUGGUUCCCUCGCCGGGUUCACUGCAGGGAAAGCAGCGACCGCCCCUGCUGCCCCCAAUGCAGCUUCUUCAAGCCAAACACAGUCUCCAUGGGCCAAAUGGGCAGCCCCAGCUGCGUACGCGAUUGGAGGAGCGGUGCUUGCGGGAGCAGCCGCUGGAGGGGCAUACUAUGCUCGAGAUCACCUCACGCAAGGGUACACAUGGGCAACGGACCACAUGAAAUAUGUCGGAAACUUGUGGGAUGAACAAGGGCUCAAGGCUCGUGUCGAAACUUUGGUGGAUAUCGACGAACAAGAAGGAGUAAUCUUCCGCAACUACUACACCUACUUGCCCCCGACCCUGCCGAGGUACCUGAACUCGAGGACAUUCGUCGUUCUCCCCGAUUAUGGUUCUCGAGCCGCCUCGCGUUUCAUCGCUUCCAACAACAAUAUUGCCGCGGAUGAGAUUCAAGCUCAUACAGGGAUGUUCAACCCCGCAUCCAACGACGGGUACUACGAACUUGGCUUGACAAGCGCGAAGGCUAUCCAAGACGCAUUCCAGAGAUGGAGGACGCCCCAGCUCCAACCUGUUCCAGCUCGUCCCCGACCCAACUCCCCGAGACCAAAGCCACCUCGGCCAACCUCACCCAGAAGUCCACACCGGAGAGCGACGAGCCCGAGGAUGCAGCAGCCCACGAGCCCCUCGUCGAAGAAUAAUGUUCCAGAAGGAGAUCUAAUCAGUUUCUAA